CGACGACGACGCGACACCCCCCGAACAAAAUGGAUUACCGGGGCCGCAGCGCCCUCCCGUGGCCACUGCUGGUAUUGCUCCUGAGCGUCCCGGGGGCGCGCUUGGGGAAGUGCCCGCAGCAGUGCGUGUGCGACCAGAUUCAGCUCACCGUCACCUGCGUCAACAAGAACCUGACCGAAGUUCCUCCGACAGUCGACGAGAUCACAGUGAAGUUGGAUUUGCGGGGCAACAACAUCCGGGUGUUGCCCACAGGGGCAUUUAAACACACCCCGUACCUGACUCACCUGUCCCUGCAGCGCUGCGACAUCCGCACGGUGAAGGAGGGAGCCUUCCGCAGCCUGGGCCGCCUGGUCUUCCUCAACCUGGCCAACAACAACAUAGAGAUCCUCUACCAGGAGUCUUUUGACGGUCUGUCUUCGCUGAAGCAGCUCAUGAUAGACCGGAACCGCGUGGAGGAGAUCCAGCCAGGAGCCUUUUCCCAACUCGGCUUCCUCAACCUCCUCUCCCUCACACACAACCAGCUGGUCUACAUCCCCAACAUGGCCUUCCAGGGUUUGCAGAACAUCAAGUGGCUCCGCCUGAGUCACAACUCGCUCAACUAUCUGGACACCGAGGCCUUCGCCGGCCUGUUCACGCUGACCCGGCUCAGCCUGGACCACAACGAGCUGCAGUUCUUCCCCACGGAGACCAUGACCAGACUGCCGGAGGUGACCCGUCUGGACCUGAGCUACAACCCCAUGACCUACCUGGGGGAGGAGGCGGUGUCCAUGGCCAAGCUGACACACCUCUUCCUGGACCACAUGUCCCUGCAGGACUUUGCCAACACGGCGGUGGCGCCGUCGCCCAGCCUCACCCUGCUGGACCUCAGCCACAACCAGCUGCGCGUCCUGCAGCCCUUCUCCGCCGGCUCGCCCAAACUGCUGCGCCUCAUCUUGGCCGGAAACCCCAUCUUAUGCAACUGCUACCUGCGCCCGCUCAGGGAGUGGGCGCUGCGUGGGAAGGUCCGGCUGGUGGGGUCGUGUGGCGGGCCGUCUCAUUUCUCAGGGGAGAGUCUGGAGGGCAUCAAGCCCGCCGAGCUGCGCUGUCAGAGCCAGGAGGCCAUGCUGAGAGCCGAGUACGAGGAGGCCGCCAUGAUCACACCUCCGCCCACCCAGGAGCCCGCCAACAAGGUCAAGUGUCCCGCCAACUGUGCCUGCGAGGGCGAAACCCACCAUUCGUCUUGCGAGAACCGCGGUCACACCAAGGUCCCACGCGGUUUCUCUCCGGACACGCGGCUGCUGGACCUGCGUGGGAACCACUUCCACGUUGUCCCCGCCGACAGUUUCCCCGCCGUGCCGCACGUUGUGUCGCUCCACCUGCAGCGCUGCCGCAUCGCCGAGCUGGACGACGGGGCGUUCAACGGCAUGAAGGGGCUGGUUUACCUGUACCUGUCGGAGAACGACCUCACCUCCAUCGGCCCCAGCGUCUUUAAAGGUCUCCCUCAGCUUACCUACCUCCACCUGGAGAAGAACCGCUUCACCAACUUCCCCAAAGGAGCCUUCAGGCUGCUGCCCGGCCUCCUGGCGCUCCACCUGGAGAACAACGCCAUCACCAAGCUGGAGGCGGCGGUGCUGGCCGGGGCCGAGGCGCUUCGGGCGCUCUACCUGACCGGCAACGCCAUCAGCACCGUGUCCCCGCGGGCGCUGGAGCACGCCGGUGACCUGGAUACCCUCCACCUGGGAGGAAACAAGCUGAAGGAGGUGCCUAGCGAGGCGCUCAGCAACGCGGCGAGCCUGGUGGAGCUGAAGCUUUCUGGGAAUCUGAUCCGCUGGGUGGGCCCCAAUGCUUUCCAGUCGCUGGCGAGGUCUCUGAAGGAUCUGUACAUGGAUAACAUGGGACUGGAGAAGGCAGAAGCAACAUGGAACAAAGCUGAGUUAACAGGAGUUAACCUGCAGUGCUGA